GGGGGGUGGAGAGCUGAGGAUCCUCUGUAUUUCCCUCAGACUGCCAACCAUACAAUGACAGAGUCUGUCUGAUAGAGCAACAUGUCAGUUUCUGGAUGUUUUAUAUGGAUUUUCUUCUCCUCGUGGGGAAUAACUGCAGCCAGUGUAGGGACUCUACCUCAUGUGAUAAAGUACCAAACAGUGAUACCUCAGAGGCUGAAGGAUUCAUCUCUUUUUAAUGAUGCUGCUGAACACAAGAAAUACCCUGAUGUACUCCAGUACUCUGUGUGGAUUACAGGGCAAAACUACACUCUGCAUUUGGAAAGGAACAAGGGACUUGUGGGGAAAAACUUCUCUGUGACACAUUACUCUGAUCAGGGAACCCGAGUUUCAACCACUCCAGAUCUAAGUGUUCACUGCUACUACCACGGACACAUCGUGGGAGUGGAGGACUCUUCUGCCAGCAUUGGACUCUGCUCAGGAAUAAAGGGGUUUGUGCGCCUCCAGGACCAGAUGUACCUCAUUGAGCCUCUCGGUGCCGAGAGAGGACAGCAGGACAACGGACAGAGCUCUGACGCUCGCAGUGAUGAGGGUCUUCAUGCUGUUUACAACUACAAACACCUGAGGAGGAAGAGGAGCUCCUGUUCCCAUGGAAACACGACCACUUUCUAUGAUCACAUAGCUCGUCCGUCUGGACCGUUCCGGCUCGCCAGUCUGAAAAGCAGAGCUCAGACCGCAGCGCGUACAGGGAGAACGAGGACGGUGGAGCUGGUCGUUGUGGUUGAUCACAGAGAGUAUACGAAGUUUGGCAGUAAGAAGACAAUAGAGGCCAGAGCGCUUGAAAUAGCAAACCAUGUGGACAAGCUCUAUCGACCUGUGGGCGUUCGUGUCAUGCUGGGCGGCCUGGAUAUCUGGUCAUACAAAGAUCAGAUAGAGGUCAGCGCUGACCCUGAGCUCACCCUCCGUCGCUUCCUUGAGUGGCGUCAGCGGCACCUUCUGCCGAGGACCAAACACGACAAUGCGCAGUUCAUAACAGCUGUGGAUUUUGAUGGCCCCACUGUUGGGUUAGCAAACACCAACGCUAUGUGCACCUCUAACUCUGGAGCUGUCAAUGAGGACCAUAACACUAACCCAAUUGGAGUGGCCUCCACUAUUGCGCAUGAGAUGGGUCACAACCUGGGCUUGUCCCACGACACUGAAGACUGUGUCUGUGGCACUUUCACCUCAAAAAAAGGCUGCAUUAUGUCAGAGAGCGUCGGCCUUGUGUAUCCGGAGCUGUUCAGCAGCUGCAGUCGGCAGCAGCUCAGCAAGUUCUUGGAGGAGAUCAACCCCACCUGUCUGCUUGACACGCCUUCCACUGAUCGGGUUUAUGGGGGGCCUGUGUGCGGAAACGCCUUCCUAGAGCCUGGAGAGGAGUGUGACUGUGGCACAGUUGAGGAAUGCAAGAAUCCCUGCUGCAAUGCCACCACCUGCAAACUGAAUGCAGGAGCCCAGUGUGCAGAGGGAGCGUGCUGCCACAACUGCCAACUGAAACCGACAGGCAGCGUCUGCCGACCGAAGGCAGGAGACUGCGACCUGGCAGAAUAUUGCACUGGCUUCUCUGCUGUCUGUCCAACUGACGCCUACACCCAAAAUGGCCUGUCGUGCAACCGUGGAAAAGGAUACUGCUACAAUGGACAGUGUCCUUCACGUCGGGAACACUGCAAAAGACUUUGGGGACCAGAUGCUGAAGUUGCUUCAGAUGCUUGUUUCUAUCUGCAUGGAAACUGCAGAAAGACAGCGUUCAACCAGAGAUGCUCCAGCCGAGAUCAAUCCUGUGGUACACUUUUCUGUUCUGGGGGAUGGGAGUUUCCUGUGACAUCCAGGAAGUCCAUUUACAAAGCAGGAAAUGGAGACAUGUGCAACAUGGCAUCUAUGAACCCUGAAGAUAACUACCCUGAAGAUCUGGGCAUGGUACCUACUGGCACUAAGUGUGGCAACAACAUGGUAUGCUACAAUCAACGGUGUCAAGAGAUUAAAAACAUAAGGAUGUAUGGAAGAGAUGACUGCUCUGCCAAAUGCAACAACCACGGGGUCUGCAACCAUGAGAGCACAUGUCACUGCGAUCCUGGCUGGGCUCCACCUUUCUGUGAUGUGCAACAGUCGGAGCUGCCUCAGGAGUCAGGCCUGGUUAAGUUCAUUGUGUCACUGGUGGCUGGUUUACUUCUGCUUUUGGUUUUGGUUAUCGGGAGUUUGAUGUGGUGCGUCAGGAAACGACAGCCCAUGAAGAGAUACCUCCCAUCUUCCUCGGGACAAUUCAACCCAUUGUUUCGGUCAAGCAGCGAACGACGCAGGCCCCCUCUCGGUUCAAAACAGAUCAGCCAGCCUACAUUUUUGGAGUCGUCAGCCACUCAAGCCUGUAAACCACUGUUCUCUGCUCCUACCAGACCACAGACUGGAGAACUGAAGCCCAGCAGAUCAGCUCCAGAGCCACCCAAGAAAGCACCAGCUGUACCGCAGCUAUCAAAGUUUCAGCAGGCUGUAAAGCCAUUCACACAGGCACCAGCUAUUUCAAGGAAGCCUGUCUAUACUGAGUCUCUUUUUUUUCAGAGUAAGCCACUGCCUCCAUCUAGACCUCUGCCACCACUUGCAGCAAAGCCGAUCAUGACGCCAAAGCCUCCAAUGCCUCCAGUGAAGCCAAAGCCUUCUGCACCCCUGUCUUCACUGCCUCACACUCAGCUGGUAUGUAUUCAGACAGCAGACAGAGUCAGACAUUCUCAAAGGCAUUCACGUUUAUGAAGAUGUCUGUGGUUUUUGGCACUGUCCUAACAUAGCAGUGUAAUGAACAAGCAGUUAGUGAGUUAGUAAGCAUAUAAACUUCUCCUGACCACCACCGAGUAGCUGAGACACGGAGAUGGGGGAAUAAACACACAGGACCAAGUUUGGAGAAUGAAAACAGCAGUUGUGCAGCGAGUGUCUCAUCCAAAAUACGCACGCUAAUACUAUUUAUU